AGACAAGUACAUUUAUAUCUUGUACAGUGUAUUUUGAUUACUUUUCUUUGUGUUUUAGGUGAACAUCGUAACAAUCCACCGGAUGUCAGGUGUCUACUGUAUUCUCUACUGUUAACUGAUAAAUAUCAGCUGAAACUUAAUGAACAAUCCCACAGGAUCAUAAGGGACAAAAUCAGAGACAGAUAUUUUCCUGAUGUUAAGGAUGACAACUUGGUAGAUUUUCCUGAAGGAUUCACAGAAACACGUGCCGGUGUGAUAACGUUUGUAUCAGAUGACAUCCGACAUGACGUCAUGUACGCCUUUGUUACGGAGUGUCUGGUGGAGGACAGUGAUCUAGAGUUUUUCCUGACCACGGCGUCACGUGACGUGAUAUCAGAAUACUGCCGAUCCAGGUGGUAUGAGAGGAGUGAGGGAGAGAGAUGUCUGUAUGUACCGGGCUCUCCGGAGAAGAUGAACGACCUCUUCAUAGACAAACUACAGCUGGACAUCAUCACACACUGUACCGUGUCUGACGACAGCAUUCAUGGCGGAAUCAGUAAACACUUUGGCGUCCCUAGUGAAGUACUAAAAUGGGACCAGGAGGCCAGAGAGCGGUAUGUGGAGUACGCUAAAAGAGGAACACAGACAGUCCACCACGCCCGGGGGAUGAUUGUUGGAUGUGCCGGGGCCGGGAAAACCACGCUACUUAAACGUCUGCUUGGUCUUAGUGAAAAAGAGAUUAAGGAAGUAAAAUCUACUGAGGGAUUGGAGGUGCAUGAGGAAAGAUUUGAAUUAUGUGAUGAAGCAAAAUCUCUAAAAGUAAGAACAAGACUUUUGGAUCACAGAAGUAAUGAAAAAAAUGAAACUGAUAUUGAAAAGAAGACUCUGACUAUGUUUGACUUUGGGGGCCAGUGUGCGUACUACGCCUGUCACCAGAUUUACCUGACCAGAAGAGCUUUCUAUGUUGUGGUGGUGGACGCCUCUAAACGUCUUGAUCAGAAGGUGGAUGAGAAAGUGUGUGAUCAAGAUGGGAGCGUUUUCUCUGGAUGGACGUAUGGAGAUUACUUUGUUUUCUGGCUGAAGUCUAUACAUACCUACUGUGGUUCUGACAAUGAUAAAGAUCCAAAGCCCACAGUUCUGAUAGUCGCAACCCACUGGGACAAAAGAAACAGACAGUUCCAUGUAAGAAUAUUUUAUGCAAAAAAAAACAUCAUUUAA